UUUAAUUGAUACUUUGGAGGAAAUGGGUACUGUGUUUGUGAGUACAUCAUUGCAUGUCCGGUGUGUCAGUGACUAACAUCCGGGCAGUCUGAUGCGUGGUGUUACGGGACCUGAUUGUAUUGUCUCAUCAUGGACACAGAAGUUACUGUUUGGAUUUUUAUUAUAGCGUGUAUUCUACCAAGUACGUUACAGAAUAGCAGUGUCGCCUUUUCUGCCCCAUCCAGAUUGAAUGCUGGUAGUACCUUGGUUCUGCAUUGUCGACCAAACCCAAAAGAAGACAGAUUUGGGUUUAUUCAUGCUUACGAAUUCACCAUUGAAAGAAGAAAUGAAGAUGCCGAACCAUUAGUUAGGAUUAGUAUCGGACGGAAUGGUGAACAAGAUAUAAAAUGGGGGGACGAAUUAGUACAGGAACGAGGAAGGAUACAAGGCAGUUUGGGCUUCCCGAAUGUUUCCUUUGCUCGAGUCCAAAUUUCUGAAGCGGACUGUACAGAUGAUGCCGAAUAUACAUGUGCCAUAUUGGAUGAAAACAAUGAAGAGCCAACACAGAGAUCCAGACACGUCACAAUAAUUCAAAAUCCCAUUGGCGUUUUCCCAAUCACUGCAACCUCUGUUCAACGAGAGGAAAUGUCCAACAACAACCUAGGAAUUAUAUCAGCCGCCCUCCAGAAUGCUGGGUCCACUCAAUCUGGAGGAUUACCCAUUGGUUCUAUCACUAUCUUUAACUGCACAGCCAGAGAGUCUUUUCCCCCACCUACGAUACGUUGGUGUAUAAGAAGACAAACUGAAGGAGCAUUUUCUAACUUCGCCUUUGCCUCUGUCCAGCGCCUGGACAUGGUAAAUGCCUCAUUUCCGAGACGUUCUUGUUUCUUUACAAAGACUAGUCUUCUUCCAUUUACGAUAACGGCCGAGGAUAACGGAACGUCACUGUCCUGUUCUACAGACACCACGGAGUGCCCCAUAACAGCGAGGUCCAGCACAGUAUCAAUCUACGUCAUAGUAACGACUGACACAGAGAAUUCUGCUGGUGGAUCAAAUGAAGACGAUUUAGCCGAGGUUAUUGUAGCAGAUUCACACUCAUCAAGAAUAGGUAUUACAGCUUUAGUAACUGCAGGAAUAGUACUCAUUAUAAUCGGGGGCUGCGGCACGGCACUAGCUAUUUUUACAUAUACCAAAGCAAGAAAAAUCAAAAUAGAAUAUGAAACAUUAAAAGAAAGGGAGCGAUAUCAGACAUUAAAUGAGAUGUCCGGGGGAACGGAUCCAGUCACCUAUGAAACUCUCGGUCAUAAAGAUCCAGAAGAUUCAGUUAACUACGUCAAUGCAGAUUACAGAGUAUAUUCAGAAGUUGGACACAGAAGUUCCGGGCCGACUAUAAACUCCUAUACGUAAACCCUCAGGUCGCUGAAAGAUUUGUCAGUGUUGUAUUUUUAUUUUGUUGGAUAAUUUUUUUAAAUAAAGU